AUGUCCAAGAAAAAGAGUGAGCCCCCCAAGAAGGGCGUGCUUUUGGGGAGGUUGGGUACCAAUCUCAAGUGUGGUAUUGUGGGACUUCCGAACGUUGGGAAAUCUAGUUUCUUUAACGUCCUUACUAAGAGUCACGCGGCCGCUGAAAACUUUCCGUUCUGCACCAUUAAUCCUAACGAAAGCCGUGUUUCUGUACCUGAUGAUCGUUUCGAAUGGCUUUGCGAGUAUCACAGCCCAUUGAGUCGGGUACCCGCUCAUCUUAAUGUUGUUGACAUUGCCGGACUGGUAAAGGGCGCUCAUGAAGGUCAAGGUCUAGGCAACGCCUUCCUGUCACAUAUACGUGGUGUGGAUGCUCUCUUCCACAUGCUCCGUGUAUUUGAGAGCGAAGAUGUUUCACAUGUGGAGGGCGAUAUCAACCCUGUCCGCGACUUGGAUAUCAUCGCAGAGGAGCUACGCUUGAAGGACGUUGAAUACAUAACCAAGGAGUGGGAUAAAUGCGAGAAAGUCGUCGUUCGUGGAGGCGACAAGCGACAGUUGCCGGUAUUUGAGUGUCUCAGUAAGGCGAAACACAUGCUUUGUGAUGACCACAAGGGUAUACGGUUUGGAGACUGGACAUCUUCUGAGAUUGAGAUUUUGAACGAACACUUAUUUAUUACGGCGAAACCAGUUAUUUAUUUAAUCAACAUGUCAGAGAAAGCCUUUCUCAAGAAGAAGAACAAAUGGCUCCCUAAAAUUAAAGAGUGGGUGGACACCCAUGAUCCCGGUGCGUCGAUCAUUCCCCUAUCUGUGGAGCUAGAACAGAAGCUGUGCGAUAUGUCCGAAUCCGAGUGUCAGGCGUUCACCAAGGAGCAUGAUGUGCACAGCGUUCUCCCGAAAAUUAUUCGGGCUGGCUAUCAGAUACUUCACUUGCAAUAUUUCUUUACAUGUGGCAAGGAUGAAGUGAAAGCGUGGACCAUACAAAAAGGCACGAAGGCUCCGCAAGCAGCCGGACGAAUCCACUCCGAUAUGGAACGAGGCUUCAUCAUGGCUGAAGUGAUGAGCUACGAAGAUUUCAGAGCAGAGGGCUCGGAAUCAGCAAUGAAAGCAUCGGGCAAAUACAAACAGAAAGGUAGAGACUACGUUGUCGGAGACGGUGAUAUUAUUCUGUUCAAAUUCAACGCCGGUGCCGGUCUCCAGCCGAAGAAGAAAUGA